UUGUGAAUGAGCCCACUGUGUUUUGUGUACAGUGACAUUAUUUAACUAUAAAACAUCCACGAAGAAUGCCAUGAAGCAGCACUAGACGUGAGCUCUCAGUGAAUGUUUUGGAAAUAUCGUAAUGCAGUGGAGGUAUUGUAUCCGAGUUCUGCAAGUGAUCUGAUACCGUAAUGCGGUGCCGGUAUUGUAUGUGAGUUUUGCAAGUGAUCUGUUACGAAAUGGCAGCAUUGUUGAAGAAGCGGGCACUUGCUGAGUACAGCCAGGUUAUACAGGAACAGCCAAAACCAUUAAAAAAAUUACGACUAGCAAAGAAGAUCACUCCAGGAAGUUCUGCAGCUGCCUAUGUUGGUUUGUUGGAGAAGAGUAAAACCAGUAAUGAUGCAUUGCAGAUUUUGUUGAGAAUAUCUGACUCCCAGAAGUUUCAGGAGAAAGAUUUACCAGACACAAUAAAGAAGCUUGCUGAGCAUUUCCAGAGAGAGCAAGAAUCUGUUGUGAGAGCUAAAGUUUUAUCUUUGCUUGGUGAUAUUGGGAAAGAGUCAGGUGCAGAUGUACAGGUUAUAAUUGAAGAAGUAAUGCAGGCUAUGAAGAAUGAGGAGUCACAUAAAGUUAUAUCACAAGGCAUAUCAUCACUUUUGAAACUUGGAAAGCUUUUGCCAGACAAUGUCACAACACAUCACAGGCUUGUCUCCUUUGUAAAACAGUAUCUUUCAGAUACCAGCCAUUCUGUAAAAUGCAAAUGUUUGGAGCUGCUGGGUGAAUUAGUUUCUAUAAGUUCUGAUGCUGGAACUAUACAACCACUCUUGAGACUUGUUGGGGACUACACCCAUUGUGAGGAAGCUCGUGUCCGCAGCGCUGCCUUCAAUACUAUGCUAAGAUUGCAUGAGCGUGGUCUGAAAUUAGAUCCUUCUGUCUACUCAGAAGUGUGCUUGGCUCUCAAAGAUGACUAUGAAAUUGUUCGACAAGUUGCACUUCGUAUUGUGUGGGUUCUGGGACAAACAUAUUCAGAAAACCUUGUCACACUACCAGACAGCGAUGAGGAGAUUCGAUUGGUGGAUGAUGCAUUUGGGAAAAUAUGUCACAUGAUUAAUGACUUAUCAAUGCGUGUUCGUACACAGGCAGCUCGUCUGCUGGGUUCAAUGACAUCAAUCAGCCCUCGCUUCCUCCAGCAGACACUAGACAAGAAACUCAUGUCAAAUAUGAGGCGGAAACGGUCAGCCCAUGAACGUGCUUGGGAAUCAAUAACUUCUGGAGAGUGGUCCAGUGGCCGCAACUGGGCAGAUGAUGCCCCACGUGAACUGGUUGAUGCAGAAUCAGUGAGCCUUGUUAAUAGUGGUUCAUGUGGGGCAUUUGUUCAUGGACUUGAAGAUGAGUAUCAAGAAGUAAGAAAUGCAUCUGUGGAGUCACUGUGUUCAUUGGCAAUGAACAAUCCACAGUUUGCACUAAUGUCUUUGGACUUUCUUGUGGACAUGUUUAAUGAUGAGAUUGAAGAAGUUCGGCUUAAAGCUAUAGAUAGUCUUACAAAGAUUAGCAGACACAUUAUACUACGGGAAGAUCAGCUGGAGACGAUUCUUGGUGCUCUUAAGGAUUUCUCCAUUGAUGUGAGGGAAGGACUACAUAAGAUGCUUGCCUCAUGCCGCCUCUCCAGCAAAGGUUGCUUGCAGAUGUGUGUUGAAGCACUGUUGGAAAACUUGAAGAAAUACCCAGUUGAUCGCAAGUCUACUUGGUGUUGCCUGCAGAAAGUUGGGCAGCAGCACCCAGAGUUGACACUAAUUCUUGUGCCAGAACUGCUUGCCAUACAUCCAUUCUUUGAUAUGCCAGAACCAGAUGUUGAAGAUCCAGCUUAUGUAAGUAUUCUCAUUCUCGUGCUAAACGCCGCACAGCAUUGUCCUACAAUGUUGCAGUUGUUUGAAGAACACACACUCAAGCAUUAUUGUUAUCUCCGAGAUACAAUGCCUCAUCUAGUUCCUGCACUCAAGGUGGGAGGAUCCUCUGGUGUUCGUGAGGUAGUUGCAGAUGAGGAAGCCAAUGCCACUGCUGUUAGAUUUCUGGAAGCCAUGGUUUCCCGACUCGAAGCUGCACGUCGAGGUCCUGCUCGUGUGCGAGCGGAGCUGUUGGCUGCUGCUCAGAGAGACCUUGCAAGGCUGGCAGAGGUUGGUGGUGCAGCUGGUGAUGCUGCUCGUAUGUCAGCUCUUCAUGUCAACUGCCAAGUUAUGCUGGCGCGUGUGUUAGAGUCUCGCCUGUGGGCUAGUCCAGGAGCGCUUGCCAGCCAGCAGGGCGCUGCUGUCCGCACAAACAUCACACAGCUCCUGCAUGACUGUCUUAGGUUACAAUAUCUUUUCAUAGGAGUGAGUGAAGACGACUUGGCACUUGUAAAGCAGUUGAAGUUGAAGGCACUAGCUUUACAGCUAGUAUACAUAGUACGUUGCAGUAAUUCAUCUGCACUUGCUCUUUGUGACCACUUCCUUGAGCAAGUUGAGGAUGUACACAGGUAUCUUGGGGAACGAGGCAUUGCUCCUGAGGCUUUUACUGCCUCGUUGGUUAAGGAGAUGUCUCAGUUGGAAGAGACAAAGCCAGGUCCUGUGGCACGCUGUCUUCUGCCGCUCUUACAGAAUGCUCCUCCAGUUCCACAGUUAAGGCCUACGACUAGUGUUCAGAUGACUACAGCGACCUUGGCAUGUGAACCUGGAGGUGAUGCAGACGCACCACUUAAGUUCACUGCUGGGCUCGUACUAGGUGUGCCUCUCGAAGCAGAGCUGCGGUACCUCCAGUCUCCCGAGCUGUUGCGUAUCAAGGUACGCUAUCCAGACCAGCAGACUCACCUGCUCGUCCCACCACGAGGAGAUCUGCGGCCAGGGACGACUGCAGGCACCUCACGUUUGUUGACGCGUGCACUCGUGUCUCACCAGGUGUGGAGUGAGGCGUGUGCUUUGCACAUAGGACUAGCUCUCGACCUCGCCGCUGUGGAGGGAGGAACUGCCGCUGCCACAGCAGCGCGACGUGCCCGUGCCCCUGCCGAUGCUGACCCGUGUCUUCUAGACCUCUGCAAGCCUGUCAAGGUGUACGUUUCACCAAAACCGGUUAAGAGGGGCAUCUAAAAGGCCUUUACAGUGCAAAUAUUCAGUGCUAGGCAUUUGCAGAGAAAUCUAGACUAUGCCAAAAUUUCUCCCUUCUGCAAUAUGAAUGAUAUCAGUUGUCCUAUUGCAGAUUGAACACAUUCCCAAGUUUUAGCUGUUAUCUUAUUACGUUUCAUUGUGUGUUUUGUGUAUGCACAAUAAAAUUUUUUACCAUACAGUG